ACCCGCGUGGCGCUGGUGACCGGCGCCAACAAGGGCAUCGGCUUCGCCAUCGCGCGCGACCUGUGCCGCCAGUUCUCGGGGGACGUGGUGCUCACGGCGCGGGACGCGGCGCGGGGCCGGGCGGCCGUGCAGCGGCUGCAGGCCGAGGGCCUGAGCCCGCGCUUCCACCAGCUGGACAUCGACGACCCGCAGAGCGUGCGCGCGGUGCGCGACUUCCUGCGCCAGGAGUACGGGGGGCUGGACGUGCUGGUCAACAACGCGGGCAUCGCCUUCAAGGUGAAUGACCCCACACCGUUUCAUGUUCAAGCCGAGGUGACGAUGAAAACCAACUUUUUUGGAACUAGAGAUGUCAGCGCGGAACUGCUGCCUCUUAUAAAACCCCAAGGCAGAGUGGUGAAUGUGUCCAGCAUGGUGAGUCUCCGGGCCCUCAAGAGCUGCAGCCCCGAGCUGCAGCAGAAGUUCAGAAGCGAGACCAUCACGGAGGAGGAGCUGGUGGGGCUCAUGAACAAGUUUGUGGAAGACACCAAGAACGGGGUGCACCAGAAGGAGGGCUGGCCCAACACCGCCUACGGCGUGACCAAGAUCGGGGUCACGGUCCUGUCCCGCAUCCAGGCCAGGAAGCUGAGGGAGCAGAGGGGCGGGGACAGAAUCCUCCUGAACGCCUGCUGCCCGGGGUGGGUGAGGACCGACAUGGCGGGCCCCAACGCCACCAAAAGUCCAGAAGAAGGAGCAGAGACCCCGGUCUACCUGGCCCUCCUGCCCUCGGACGCUGAAGGGCCCCAUGGACAGUUUGUUAUGGAGAAGAAGGUGGAGCCGUGGUGAGCUCAGCUCGGCUCCACCGUGGGUCCUUUUGCACUGUCCUCACGUGAUCAGUGGUCACUGACGGCCAGCACAUUCCUGGGCAAAGAAAUGAUUGAAUUUCCCUGUGGGUACCCGCUUGGGGUUGGCCCCUGGUUCCCUAGACACUUGUGAUUUCUGUGCUAUAGGGAAAGAAAUUGUGUGGUGUAAAUAACCAGUGAACAAUUGCUGAAUAAAUCUGUACAGAUGCCCA